UCGGCCCCGCCCCGCGGGCCGUCGGGCGCGUCACGUGACGGGUCGGCGGCGCUGGCGGUUGCUGUCAGCUGAUUCCCAGGGUUGGUGGCAGCGGCAGUCGCAGCGAUGGACUUUCUCCUGGGGAACCCGUUCAGCUCUCCGGUGGGACAGCGCAUCGAGAAAGCUACAGAUGGCUCCCUGCAGAGCGAGGACUGGGCCCUCAACAUGGAGAUCUGCGACAUCAUCAACGAGACUGAGGAAGGUCCCAGAGAUGCCGUCCGAGCAGUGAAGAAGAGAAUCAUGGGGAACAAGAACUUCCACGAGGUGAUGCUGGCUCUCACGGUCUUAGAAACCUGUGUCAAGAACUGUGGGCACCGCUUCCACGUGCUGGUGGCCAGCCAGGACUUCGUGGAGAGUGUGCUGGUGAGGACCAUCCUGCCUAAGAACAACCCCCCCACCAUCGUGCACGACAAGGUGCUCAACCUCAUCCAGUCCUGGGCUGACGCGUUCCGCAGCUCGCCCGAUUUGACAGGUGUUGUCGCCGUCUACGAGGACCUGCGGAGGAAGGGCCUGGAGUUCCCCAUGACCGACCUGGACAUGCUGUCGCCCAUCCACACACCCCAGAGGACUGUGUUCAACUCCGAGACACCAUCAGGACAGAACUCGGUGGGCACCGACACCAGUCAGCGAGGGAACUCCAGCCAGCACGCUGCCCCUCUGCCCACCCCGGCCGUACUCCCGGGCGACACGCCCAUAGCGCCAACCCCUGAGCAGACUGGGAAGCUGCGCAGCGAGCUGGAGAUGGUGAGUGGGAACGUGAGGGUGAUGUCGGAGAUGCUGACAGAGCUGGUGCCCACCCAGGCCGAGCCCGCAGACCUGGAGCUGCUGCAGGAGCUCAACCGCACGUGCCGAGCCAUGCAGCAGCGGGUCCUGGAGCUCAUCCCCCGCAUCGCCAAUGAGCAGCUGACGGAGGAGCUGCUCAUCAUAAAUGACAAUCUCAACAACGUGUUCCUACGCCACGAGCGGUUUGAACGGUUCCGCACAGGCCAGACCGCCAAGGCCCCGAGCGAGGCCGAGCCGGCAGCUGACCUGAUCGACAUGGGCCCCGACCCAGCAGCCACCAGCAACCUCUCAUCCCAGCUGGCCGGAAUGAACCUGGGCUCCAGCAGUGUGAGGACUGGCCUGCAGUCUCUGGAGUCCUCUGGCCGACUGGAAGACGAGUUUGACAUGUUUGCGCUGACACGGGGCAGCUCACUGGCUGACCAACGGAAAGAGGUAAAAUACGAAGCCCCCCAAGCAACAGACGGCCUGGCUGGAGCCCUGGACGCCCGGCAGCAGAGCACUGGCGCGAUCCCUGUCACCCAGGCCUGCUUCAUGGAGGACAUCGAGCAGUGGCUGUCCACUGACGUGGGGAAUGUCGCAGAAGAGCCUAAGGGCGUCACCAGUGAAGAAUUUGACAAGUUCCUGGAAGAACGGGCCAAAGCUGCAGAUCGGUUGCCCAACCUCUCCAGCCCCUCCGCCGAGAGGCCCCCGGGCCCCCCUCCUGGCUCGGCCCCUCGGGAGAAGGCCCAGGAGAAAGAUGACGACAUGCUGUUUGCCUUAUGAGCGCAGGGUCUGGCACCCUGUGGCCCAGGACCCUGCUGCUCCCGUGCCCUGGGCCAGGGCUCUCUCCCUCCUUUGGUGUUAAGGCUGCUUUGGGGGUGGCUUGUACCCCCUCUCUCCUCGAGGAUGGAGCUGACCGGCUGCGGCUGGGCUGUGCGGUUGGUGUGGGGAGGCAGCGAGCUGGAUCAGGGAGACAGGUCUGUGCUACAGUGAG